CGACACACACACCUCACUGGCUCAUCAGUCGUGUGUUUUUUUCCUUAUCGCGGGGCAUCAGACUGACUGACCGCCGACAGACACCGAGCCCCGCCGUGAACCUGCAGGAGGACCCGCUCUCCUGGGGGAGCAUGAUUAUCAUGACGCGCUCGCCGGACAGCAGGACUUGAGACCUGCGGUUUAUCAGUGAUUGUGUCUUACUGAACACCCAGAAUCUCCACUUCCAUCAUCUGGAUUUGCUUCAACCCUAGAACUCAUCAUGCUUUGGAAAACGGCACUGAUUUUUCUGUGCUGGGGCUUGACGUCCGGGGAGCUCCAGGACGGGCAGUCCGCCACUCCUGCUGCUCCAGCGCGGAGAACUUUGGAUUUCGGCUUCGUCCCCUCCGGAGUUUACGAUACUGUUGCCUAUUACGAGCCUGGAGCCAUUGGGAUUUUAUUUAACAUGAUGCACGCUUUCCUCUUUGUGGUUCAGCCCAACCCGUUCCCUGAAGAUCUCGUCAUUAGCGCGGCAAAGGAUAAAUUUGGAGCCAUACAAUCAGAGUACCAGAAGGUGAUUUAUUAUGAGCUUGGUUUUGUGGUGUGUGCGGCACUGGGCCUGCUGUUCACCGUGCUGCUGCCACUGGUCGGGCUUCUCUUCUGUUUGUGCCGCUGCUGUGAUAACUGUGGAGGAGAGAUGCACCAGAGACAGAGGAAGAACGCAGACUGCCUACGAGGACUGCUGACCACACUCUUACUCACCACCACCUUCAUCAUCACGGCUGGGGUCCUUUGUGCAUAUGCAGCCAAUCAGAACCUGAGUUCUCAGCUGAAGGGCAUGAGGAGGCUGGUGAAGAGUAACCUGAAAGACCUGCACACCUUCGCCAAUCAGACGCCUGCACAAAUUGAUUACCUGAUCUCUCGCUACGGCACCGUGAAGGAGCAGGUGCUGCAUGAUCUGGAGAAUGUAGGUGUGAUCUUGGGUGGAAGGAUACAUGAGGAGCUGGGCAAAGAUGUAAAGCCUGCUCUCGAUGCCACUCUCAGCAUGACCGGAACAAUGCGAGAUACUAAGGACGCUCUGGAGAAUGUGAGUCUGACCCUGGAGACUCUGCAGGAAGGAACAGUCAAACUGCAGGCAAACCUGAGUCUGGUGCGCAACAGCCUGAGAAAUGCCCUGAACGACCCCGUCUGUGUGGAUGCUCCAGCACCGGAGAUCUGUCGGAACAUACGCAACUCCAUUCCCAAGCUCGAAAUCGCAGCCAACUACUCAUCGUUGCCUGAUGUAACCGACCAGUUAAAUAAAGUGAAUGAAGUUCUGAAGACGGAUCUCAGUCAGAUUGUGGCAAAGGGGAUUGCAUCCUUUAAUGACACUCCUGCCAUGGUAACCAAUCAAACCCGAAAUAUUGUUGAAGGCGUAAAGGCUCUGCUGGAUGACAUUGGAAAUAACAUCACCUCUUUCAGCAAGAUGUUGCCAGUUCACAGCUCUCUGGCCAACUUCACCAGAAUGAUCUCUCACACACACUCGCAGAUUGAGGACAUCUACCCGCAGAUCGAUCAGAUGGAUUUCUACAGGUGGAUCGGUUGCAUUACCCUGUGCUGUAUGAUUGUGCUUAUCCUCACCUUCAAUUUUCUGGGUCUGUUGUGUGGUAUUUUGGGAUUCGACAGACACGCUUCCCCGACCACACGCGGCUGUGUCUCCAACACAGGAGGGAACCUGCUCAUGGCCGGUGUGGGCUUCAGCUUCCUGUUCUCCUGGGUGCUCAUGGGAGUCAUAACAGCUUUGUUCCUAGCAGGAGGCAAUCUGGAGAAGCUCGUGUGUGAGCCCUUCCAAACACGACAGCUCUUCAAGGUGUUAGAUACUCCAUACCUGGUCAAUUCUGCUUGGAGAAACUUCAUACCAGGAUACCUGUACAACGACCCAGAGAUGGACCUUACAGCAUAUUCUCUUUACAGUAACUGUAAGGACAACAGAGGGAUUUACUCAGCUCUUCAUCUGGACAGAAUCUUCAACAUCUCAUCCUUCUUUAACACCAGUGUUUACUCCAAGGAUGUGUCCAGGAAGUUUGAAGGGCUAAAGGUGGACCUGCGGGGCAUCAUUCUUCUGGAGUCUGAAGGCAAACUCAACCUCCAAAGCUUCGCUGAAACUGGCAUUAAUGAGAUCGACUUUGCUGCCUAUUUAGAGGAGGUUAAUAAAGGAGUGACUCGAAUAGAUCUCAUUGAUUUCGCCAAUCAACUCGAUGCUCAAGCUGACCAGUUGUCUAAAGGGACAUUACAGACUUCGUUAAAGGGACACGCAAACACUAUAAGGCAGAUCCACAUCCAGCAAGUCAUCCCACUGGAGCAGUCCAUGAAAUAUGUGAAAGCGAGGAGCACACUUAAUCAGAGCAUCAGGCUUCUGGAAAGGACGUCCUCAGAUCUGCCUCUCCGGGUUCGAGAUGUACUUGAAGCUGUUGAUGCUGCUCAGUACCUGAUUUCCCACAAUGCAACAUUUGUGAUCAAUCAGGAAACUGAGAAAUACAAGCAGAAUAUCAUUGGCUAUUUCAAGCAGUACAUAGACUGGAUCAGGACAUCUCUGGCACUGGAGGUCGCAACUUGCAAACCGCUCAGCAACAUUGUGGACACGGUGGAGAUCCUGGGCUGCGGUUUCUUGCUGGAUUCAAUGAACACAUUCUGGUUUGGACUGGGCUGCUCCACACUCUUUCUGCUCCCUAGCAUUAUCCUGUCUGUCAAGCUCGCCAAGUUUUACCGCAGAAUGGACACAGAGGAUGUUUAUGACGACAUUGAGACAUUUCCCAUGAAAACCAUCCCUACCUAUGACACUAUGACCCGCUUCCCACGGGCCUCUGCGCCCCCACGCCACGAUGACUGGUGACUCUGAGGACCACCGUCUGCUUUUAGCUACUGAAAGGUACCGAGAGCUGAAGAUGAGCGCAAACGGGUUUGAUUUUCCAUAACAAGCAUCCUCCCAUUCAACUAAAUACAUCUGUGUGGUUGUUGUCUAACAUUCUCAUCCUCAUAUAUUAACCCAAACUUCAUCUUUAUCAUUCAUCUGUCUUUUUCUGUCACUGCACCAACAGCAUGCUUGGUUUUUGCAUCUCCUGCCUGGAUAAGUGCUGAUGGUUCUGCAAAGCUUUGUGUGAAUUUACUUCUUUCUUAGGGUCCAUCACUAAUCACUGGCCUGUAUCAUUGUGAUCUGCCAAUGUUUGACUUCAAACAUUCCUGACAGCUCUGCAAACAGAUAGAUGCCAGCGCUCGCUGUGUGUUUUGUUUCUUUACCUUGGUCUAAAAAUCUCAUCUCCUGUCUCACAUCUCUUCAUCCGUGUCUCUAUUUGCCGUUUAUUGCUCAUUUUGAAGCAGCGCAGCAGGUUUAAUUCUGCAAUGUUUGUUUCUUUACUCACGCAGCGAUAUUGGACACUGGAAUUGAAUCUUUGUGGAAUACUCUCCAUGUUGAACAGCAGGCUCAGCUCAGACUGACGACACUAAGAAAAGGAAACUCACAUACUUGAAGCUGGGACCUGUUGUCUGUGUUUCUCCGUAACACCAAUCGAAACCACUUUCAUCAAAAUGUCUUGUUUUUGACUGUUUUGCACGUUAAUGAUUAUUAGUACUGUGCUCUGACAUCACUUCCUGUCAGUCAGAGAGGCUUCACAGUAUAUGGCUGUUUAACUACUACAUGUGUCUUUGUUUACAGUCGUUGAGAAAUCACGUGUGACGGGCAUAACCAUGCUUCAACUGCUGCAUUCCUGUGUAUUUUUUUUUUUAUAGUGCUUUUUAACAUUGUGGAAAAUUGAACACGUCGAGGUCGAGUCCACUGAGAGGCCGAAGGGAUUUUUAUUGAAACAGAGCAAGCCAGCCACCCGUGAGCCACAAACAUUACACAUAAACAACAGUGUAGAUCGAAAAUAUACUAGCUAGUGCUAGUUCAGUCCAGACAAAUGUUGUUAAGCCAUGUCAAGGGUGAAUGCUUUGUUGCCUUUUUCAGAUUUGUAGCUUGUGGUGAAAGUCACAGGAGCGGGUGUUUGACUAAUUUAACCUAUAGAUCACUAAUAUCUGACUAAUGAUUCAAUGAGCAUGUAUUUAUGCUCAUUUUGGUACUCUUGAGCAUUUCUGGUUGAUUUGGCUUUUAGAGGAUCUUGGUAACAACACGUGCUUAGUUUUUCUUAAGAUACAAGUGCUUUUAAUGAGAUUCCGCUUUAGGGGUGUGUGAUAUUUAUUACAGUAUAUAUUAUUAUAUUUUAAUUGGGCUUUUAACAAUGAUGUUGUAACUAAUAUUGCAACAAAACAAAAAGCAGAAACACGUUAUGCGAUCAUUUUCACUUCAGCUUCCUUUAUUUUUGUCUUUCAAAGCAUCACAGUGCUGUAAUGCAGAAUGAAAUUACGUUGCAACAACACCCAGCAAGAACAAAAAAUACAUCAGAAAACACUGUAAAAACCUAACAAUAAAUAUGCUUUUGUAAUUUCAUAAAUAAAUAAAUAAUAUAGUUAUGUAUAAAAUGUUAACUAAUUUAAAAUGACAGAAAGAAAUGAAUAAAUACUUAAAUACGUAUUGCACAGAGAAUCCAGAGGCUUUGGAUGCAUGAGGAAUUAUAGUGUCAUUCGAAUAUAAUUCUGUAAACAAGGCAGUGUUUAGUUUCUAAAUGAGUCUAUUUUUGAGAUAAUUAAGUCAGUGAUUCGUUAAUGACAGUCACUAGCUUUGUUUCUGAAUGAAUCAUCCUCUUUGAAUGAAUCAUUUGAAUGAACGAAUCAGUGACUGAAUCCAAAAUCACAUGCUCUUCUUUGUGACUGCUAAUAAAGUAUGUUAUAGGCAAUUUAAAUGUAAUCUUAAUGAACUAUAUUUGCCAUAUUGAGAAUUUCUUCUGACUGAAUCCACGAUGAAUUAUAGUGUCAUUCGAAUAGAAUUCAAGUUAUGAAAUCAAAAUAAACGGGUGUAUUUUAGUUUUUUAAUGUUUGUUAUUGGCGAUGUUACACAACAGUGCCAUUUCCUGAACAUAAGCACAUCAACAUAACUGAUUUAAAAGUUCAUAUUGAGUUACAUUAAACACCCAAUAUUGUCCGCUUUUCAGUUUCGCCAAUGAAAACAUUUCCAAACUAAUCCAUAUUUGUGCAGAGCAACAAUGCAGUGUUUAGUUUCUAAAUGAAUCUAUUUUGGAGAUAAUUAAGUCAGUGAUUCGUUAAUGACAGUCACUAGCUUUGUUUCUGAAUGAAUCAUCCUUUUUGAAUGAAUCAGUGACUGAAUCCAAAAUCACAUGCUCUUCUUUGUGACUGCUAAUAAAGUAUGUUAUAGGCAAUUUAAAUAUAAUCUUAAUGAACUAUAUUUGCCAUAUUGAGAAUUUCGUCUGAGACUGAAUCCAUGAUGAAUUAUAGUGUCAUUCGAAUAGAAUUCAAGUUAUGAAAUCAAAAUAAACAGGUGUAUUUUUUUAUGUUUGUUAUUUGCGAUAUUACACAAGAGUGCCAUUUCCUGAAUAUAAGCACAUCAGCAUGAUUGCAAAUACUGAUUUAGUUGGACAAACUUUCUUUUAAAGUUAAUAUUGAUUUACAUUGAGCACCCAAUAUUGUCCGCUUUUCAGUUUCGCCAAUGAAAACAGUUUCAAAAUAAACCCUAUUUGCAGCAACAAUGCAGUGUUUGAGAUAACUAAGUCAGUGAUUCGUUAAUGUCAGUCACUAGUUUCUGAAUCAAUCAUCCUUUUUGAAUGAAUCAUUUGAAUGAAUGAAUCAGUGGCUGCAUCCAAAAUCACAUGCUCUUCUAGAGUAGCUAUUUAUUUUGAUUAAGUACUUUGUGACAGCUAAUAAAGUAUGUUAUAGACAAUAUAAAUGUAAUCUUGAUGUACGAUAUUCACCAUAAUAAGAAUUGUGUCAUGCUGUUUUUGGCCUACAUGUAGGGAAGUAUGCAAUUUUGGAUGCAGCCAAUGAAUUGCUCCUAAUGACUGGAACUUGUCGCCACCUACGAACCAUUUUAGCAUCCUGGACAAAGCUAAACUAUUCAAAGCACCAGCAUAAACAUGGGUUUUUAAUAUUGCACACCCCUAUCUCUGUUCUUUUUGCCCAACAUUUCUGACAUCUGCUGCAUUUUUACUUUAGUUUAGACCAGGCAUGUCCAAGCUCGGUCCUGGAGGGCCGGUGUCCUGCAAAGUUUAGUUCCAACCCCAAUCAGACACACCUGGGCUAGCUAAUCAAGCACUUACUAGGCUUUCUAGAAACAUCCGUGCAGGUGUGUUGAGGCAAGUUGGAGCUAAAAUCUGCAGGACACCGGCCCUCCAGGACCGAGUUUGGACACCCCUGGUUUAGACCCUUUUUUUUUUGCUUUUUCUCAAGAUAACCACUUAUCAAUAGAAUAGAAAGUUAUCCUUGUUUUGGAUAUGCUAACAACACUCGAGAAUUCUAUAUGCAGAUAUACUUCAUACAAAAACCAGAGAAUGAGCUAAAAACCUGCAUUGGAUUCCUUGUAGUCGAGCUGAUUAUUUCUAGAAGUUGGCCUUUUUUGGGUUAUAAGGAAAAUGAAGACUUGAUUAGUUUAUUGCUCUGCCAUAAUUAUUCAUCUCAGACACACUUUUUCAAUAAUGGCCUCCAAGCCUCAUCUGUCUUUUUUGGAUACAGCCAAUGAAUCGCUCCUAAUGACGGACUUAUCGCCACCUACGAAAUGUUUUAGUAUCCUGGACAAAGCUAAACUAGUCAAAGCACCAGCAUAAACAUGGGUUUUUUAAUAUUGCACACCCCUAUCUCGGUUCUUCAUUUCGCUGAGCGCAUUAAACACAGUGUUGAAUUGCUGUAAACCACAGAAGUUUGCUUUCUGACAUCAAAUCUUGUUUCAUCAUAGCUCUCAGGUCUUAGGGCUUUUUGUUUACGUGAUAAAACAAUGUUUGUUAACGUGUUUAGUCGACUUUAAAAUGAGUGAAUGUACCUCAGAGACAUUUGCUUGUACGAGAGCCCAUUUACAACCACUUUUACGAAGCCUGUUUAACGCUGUCAUACUCAUGGACUAUUAUUUCCGCCAAAUAUUUCAGCUGUUUAGAGACAUAACGUCAGGUGCUACAUGUUUUUUGCUCAGAUCCUUCACUCAUUUUGUAUAUGACAGUGUUAUUAGGGCCUCAGGUAAAAUGUUGUACUUGAUUUCUUUCUGGAAAAGUCCCUUCACCUCACAGUCUCACUGUUUUUGCCAUACCACGCGUAGCAUGCGCAUACUUAGUGUUCAAGCUUGCUCAAGAUGUUUAGUUGUGGUGGGCCUGGUCGUCAGUGCCAUCGGUUUUCAAGUCCAUGUGGUUAGGCUGGCUAAAACUGUAAAAUAUUGUGAAUAAAAUUUCAGAUGAAAAUAACA